AACCGAAAUCGUUUAUUUCUAAAAGAAAAGGUCAAAAGGAUUUCCUCCGCCACCGCUCCCCUCCGAUUCGCUAGUUUUCCUGCCAGCCAAUUAUAUUUCUCGGAUUCUCGCCGCGUCUACUCUAUCCUCUUACUUCUACGGUUGCGGCAAAUUUCGUCGUCAACUUCUUCGGUGAAGGGAUUUCUAUGAUGCAACGAGUGGGCAGUGCAGGGAACACAUCAAAUUCGCUCCGUCCUCGAAAAGAGAAGAAGUUGACUUAUGUGCUGAAUGGUGCAGAUGAUACCAAGCACUGUGCAGGCAUAAACUGCCUGUCUCUACUGAAUUCAUUGGGACAAGAUGAGUGUGAUUAUCUCUUCACUGGGAGCCGUGAUGGCACGUUAAAGAGAUGGGCAUUGGCUGAAGAUGCUGCUGCAUGGUCAGCUACAUUUGAGUCGCAUGUGGAUUGGGUAAAUGAUGCUGUUCUUGCCGGUGGUAACACAUUAGUUUCCUGUUCCUCAGAUACCACUGUUAAGGCAUGGAAUUUCUUGUCUGAUGGAACUUGUACUAGGACAUUUCGUCAGCACUCUGACUAUGUCACUUGCCUUGCUGCAGCUGAAAAAAAUAGCAAUAUUGUUGCUUCUGGAGGUCUUGGUGGGGAGGUUUUCAUAUGGGAUCUUGAAGCUGCCCUUGCUCCCCUCUCCAAGUCAAAUGAUGCAGCUGAAGAUGAGUGCUCAAACAGUGUGAACAGUUUGGAAUCUUCUUUACCCUGUAACGGUCUACAACCUAUCAAGUUAAGCAUUAAUAGUUCUCAGAAUGCUACCCAGUCUCAAGGAUAUGUUCCCAUUGCUGCAAAAGGUCAUAAAGAGUCAGUUUAUGCAUUGGCUGCAAAUGACCAGGGAACACUUCUUGUUUCUGGUGGAACUGAGAAGGUUGUGCGUGUCUGGGACCCAAGAACUGGUUGUAAGACGAUGAAGCUUAAAGGACACACUGAUAAUAUAAGAGCACUGCUGUUGGAUUCAACUGGAAGAUUCUGCUUAUCUGGAUCUUCUGAUUCUAUGAUCAGGCUAUGGGAUCUUGGUCAACAGCGAUGUGUGCAUUCUUAUGCUGUGCACACAGAUUCUAUCUGGGCACUUGCUAGUAAUCCAACAUUUAGCCAUGUUUAUAGUGGUGGAAGAGACCUUUCUCUUUGUGUUUGUACUCAGUUAUAUUUGACAGACUUGUCAACAAGAGAGAGUGUUCUACUUUGUACUGAGGAACAUCCUAUUUUGCAAUUGGGAUUGCAUGAUGAUGGUGUAUGGGUUGCCACAUCAGAUUCUUCUGUACAUAGAUGGCCAGCUGAACCACAUAAUCCCCUGAAAGUUUUCCAAAAAGGUGGUUCUUUCUUGGCUGGGAACUUGUCCUUUUCCAGGGCAAGGGUUUCGCUGGAGGGAUCUACACCUGUUCCUGUUUAUAGAGAACCAUCCUUGAGCAUUCCUGGAAUUCCUGGAAUUGUGCAGCAUGAGAUUUUAAACAAUAAAAGACAUGUCCUAACUAAGGACGCUACGGGCUCAGUGAAGUUAUGGGAAAUCACAAGGGGUGUGGUGAUUGAAAACUAUGGAGAGGUUUCAUUUGAGCAGAAAAAGGAAGACCUAUUUGAGAUGGUAAGCAUUCCUUCGUGGUACUCUGUGGAUAGUAGGUUUGGAAGUUUGUCAGUGAAUUUAGAAAUGCCACAAUGCUUUUCUGCUGAAAUGUAUUCUGCUGAUCUCAACAUUGCUGGGAAACCUGAGGAUGACAAGGUUAAUUUGGCACACGAAACCCUUAAAGGCCUGUUGGCCUGUUGGUUAACAAAAAGAAAGCAAAGAUUUGGAUCUCAAGCUUCACCAAAUGGAGGAAUUCUGUCUGGGAAGGAUAUGUCCACAAGGACUAUAUCCUUAUCUAGAGUUGAUGUUGAUGGUAAUGCAGAAAAUGAUUCCACAGUGCAUCCACCAUUUGAAUUUUCAGCAGCUUCCCCUCCUCCUGUUAUUACAGAGGGCUCUCACGGAGGUCCAUGGAGAAAGAAAAUUACCGAACUAUAUGGAACUGAAGAUGAGAAAGAUUUUCCGUGGUGGGUUCUUGACUGUGUGUUGUAUAAUCGCCUUCCCCCCAGGGAAAAUACCAAAUGCAGCUUCUAUUUGCACCCAUGUGAAGGUUCUACUUUACAGAUCAUUAAGCAAGGAAAACUUAGCGCCCCUCGAAUUUUGAGAAUCCAUAAAGUUGUCAACUAUGUCAUAGAAAAGAUGGUUCUUGAUAAGCCAGCAGAUAGUAUGAAUGUCGAUGAAACCUUUGCUCCAGGGAUGUCAGGAGGUCAGAUUCCACCCCUAGAUGGAGAUACUUCUCUCCUACCUGGACUCAAACCUCGGCAAAAUCUCAAGCCUUCCAUUGAAAUCUUGUGUAAUAACCAGGUGCUACCUCCUGACAUGAGCUUAGCCACUGUCCGGGCUUAUGUAUGGAAGAAACCUGAAGACCUUGUUCUCAACUACAGAAUGCUGCAGGGAUAUUCUGGUUAUUAUUCAACGUUUCAAUUGCAAUUAAGCUUUAUUUCAUUAUUUUGAAUUUUGUUGUGCUGUUAGUGUAUUGUAAAUUACAGGUGGCAAUCUGGUACUGGUUAAAAUGACCUAAAUCCAUCUGCAAUUUUAUGGGUUGGGUUACUUUAUAUUAAUCUACACAGGUGGCAAUCUGGUACUCGUUAAAAUGACCUAAAUCCAUCUGCAAUUUUAUGGGUUGGGUUACUUAUAUUAAUCUAUGGGUCAAGUUUGGUUGGGUUUUCUUAAACCUGCUGAUCACAGUUCAAAAACGAGCUGUGCAGCAAUUGCAGUCUUAAUAAUAAAAAAAAUCACCAGCAUCAUGUACUCUGGUCUUAACAUAAAGAUUUGGAGGACAGAGACAAGGGAAGAUGCUUAGAUGUCAAUCACAAUAAUGUCCUCUAAAGCCGAAACAUUUAUGUGUUUUUGUAAGGCGUAUUGUGAGUUAAGGGGGCAACUGACAAGUCAGUAAUGACUACCUGGGGGUUGCUUUGUUAACAGGUAUUACUGUGAUGUUCUGAAAGGUAGAGAGUAUCUUAGUUCUUCAGUUUGAAGUGACCUAACCUUAGAAAGGAAUUGUUUGAAAUUGAAAAUGUUUAUACGUACAAAAAUGGAAAACGUUUGCAUUAUUGAGUUGUGAUUGUAAUUUUUCUGAAAAUAUAGUGACAAAAAUAAUGAGCUCAUGCUUGCUAGAGUUUCUCCGUAGGUUUCAAAGCUUCAGAGCCACAUUAGAUAGAGUUGAGAGAUUGAUGCAAGAUCAUGAUGUAAAUGAGAGAGUUGGUUUAAAUUCAUUCUCCGCCCAAUUAAUACUUCCCGCAACCUUCGCAAUUGUUGAGCAUACAAAUGUUGUUUAGAUCAUGAGUUGGCUCAAGAAAAAAACAUGAAAACUAUUUGUCAGUAUCAAUGAUCAAUACCUUAGAAUAGGAUGAAUAGAAGAAGGAACUUUUUUCACUAUCCCAAUUUCCUUUUUGGUGGUGAAAUCUCAAAAAAAUAAAAAUAAAAAAAAAAAUAAAAAAAAUAAAAAAAAAUUGAAUUAAAUUAAAAUAAACACAAUAGAUGCUGGAUGUGAACAUUUAAAACAAGUCAUUGAAAACUAGAAGAGGAUCCACAUGUGGUACUAAAAUUUAAUUGAUUGUAUAAAAAGUUAGACGGAAGUCGCUCUAGACGGAUAUAGAGUUAACUUCGAAAAGACGGUAUCUCCAAAACAACUUUUGCAUCCUCAUUUAUAUUCCUGUGGAUCUAUAUUUAAAUUUUGCUCAAUGGGAAAAUGCAAUUUGUAUUUCCUUUGCUUUUCUCCAUUGGAAAGGGUUUCGGCCACUUUGGAGAUCUUAAUCAUAAUUUAGAUCUAUUUUGUACAAUGAUGGGUAGAUAAUUUUUUUUUUUGUAAACUCUAACCAAACUACUGAGAGUCGAGAUUUAUUUGAGUGAUACGCGCCUUUCAUCAGAAUCAUAAAUUCCAUAUUAUGAGGACAAUCAUGAACUCAGGCUUUUAAGAUACUGAACUAUUUAUCACUCUUUCAAAGAAAAAUUGGGAUUUGUCCUCAAUUGCUCAAAAACUCGUGAAUGGAAUGGAUGAAUUUGUUAAAUGUGAUAGUAAGAUAAUAAGGUUUGUCAGAUCAUAGCUCCAGCUGCCUUUCUUUGCACCAUAGCUUCCUUUUGUUUAUCAAUGUGUUCAGCUGUUUAUGCCUGUGUUUCGCACAUUCCAUCUGUACACCACAGUUCUAAUUUGUCUAUAAUUUGUAACUAUACUUAUUUUCUGCAAGUACACCCUGUAACUGUUUUGAGCAUCUAUUUCGGUUUCUCAAGUUUUGUAGAUUGGAAGUGGCAUAUGGUUGUGGAAUUACUUUGCGCACGUAAAAUACAUGGGAGUUAUGCAUUCUUCAGGGACUGCUUGCUGUGAUCAUAAAAUUAUUUUGCUUGUCUGUAAAUCUUGGAAACCAAUCAGAUGCCAAAUGUAGCAAAUACCCAAGUUUCUUGAGUACUGGUGAGCUGUACCACAGACUGAUGUCUGGUUUUUAAGAAUUUCAACAUUGGUUUGAGGGCGCUACGAUGUUUUCGAUGAGCUUUCCGGAAAUGUUUCAAGCUUGGAAUGAGCUUAAGCUCAAGGGGAGUACGAUUUUGAGGACUUUUAUGCAGGUAUUUCUAAAAGAAGUUAUUCGCAGGGCGCCUCCAGAGAUGUAUUUAGAGGGGAUACAAUCUCUUUGCAAACACUACACUGUUGGGUGGUGAUGCUGAUUAAAUUUCUACUGGAAAUGUCAAUUUAGUUAGUAGUAUUGACAAUUCUUAAUAAUUUCAGUUUUGUACAUUAUUUAUCUUGUUAGAACUUCAAGUAAUGAGGACAUGCACUUAUGCAUUCAAAAUCAGGUUUUUUAGUAGAUUUUGAUAAAAUUUGAUGAAAUGUGUGAUUGAAAAUU